AACGGUUAGGUGGCAAAAUUACCGAUUCUAGUUUUAAUAAAAUAAUAAAUAAUAAAAAUGAAAAUGCAAGACAAGCAAAAGGAACUAACAAGAGUCAUCAAGAAUCUUGACGAACUCAAGCGUGAACUUGUAAAACGGAAGACACAUAAAAAACUUAUGAGCUACAUGGAACAGUUAGCGGAACUGAAGCAGGAGCUAGAUAAGCGACAGCCACAGGCUGUUGGUUGGCUGCCUGUGUGCAAAUCUGCCAAGCUACCACAUCGUUUCGUCAUACCAGAAUACACUGUAACCUUUUGUAAUUUGGAUAAUUGCGGUCGUGAACUGCUGGAGGAUGCGCUUAAUGCACGCUGUAAUGCCUAUGCACCUUAUAGUAAAUUCAAGGUGGGUGCCGCCUUCCGUGCCAAGUGCGGUCAGGUUUUUACGGGCUGUAAUGUUGAGAAUGUUGCCUUUACGCCCACUUGCUGUGCCGAGCGUACGGCACUGCUGAAAGGCAUUAGCGAGGGGCAAACUACUUAUACGGCUGGUGCUGUGGUGGCCUAUCAUCCGUCUGGCUUCACUACGCCUUGUGGCGUCUGUCGGCAGUUCAUACACGAGUUUGCCAAACGGGAUAUGCCCAUAUAUAUAGCCCAGGCGCCGGAAUGUGACGGUAAGCUGCCCGCAUUUGAUGAUAAUGACGAGGUGUUGGUUACUUCCAUAUUCCAUCUGCUGCCGCAUAGCUUUACAACGUAUUAAGUGUUAAAUGACUGUAAAAUUAUCUCUACUUUGUUCUUUUAAUAGUCAAUAUCAAACAUUAAAGCUUCAUGAUAGUUUAAUCCAU